AUGCCGGCGACGGAGGAGGAAGGCGCGGCGGCGGCGGCGGUGGCGGAGGAGGAGGCGUACGAGCAGGAGGACGGGGACGGGGAGGAGUACGACGAGGAUGAGGAGGAGGGGUACGAGUUCGGCGACGCGGCGGACGCGGCGCAGUGCGUGGAGAUGGCGGAGCGGGGGCCCGGCGGCGCCGUGGCCACCGUCAGCAUCCGGGACUUCGAGGCCCUGGCGGCGCUGUCGCGCAAGCGGAAGGCCCUCCCCGCCGAGGAGCCGCCGCAAGGGGACGAGGCCUCGAAGCGGAGGAGGCAGCAGGGCGAGCUCUCCGAGGCGGAGUCGGCGAACCUCUUCGACCAGCUGAUGGAGGGGUUCGGCCUCCGGCGGAAGAAGCGGCGGCGGUCCAAGGACGGCAAGAGGAAGGGGCGGGCGAGAGGGCGGAGGAGCCGGUGCAGCCCCGAGGUCAUCAAGAAGCUGGGCGACGCCACCCUGCUCUUCACCGAGAACAGGUUCAAGGAGGCCAUCCCCAUCCUGCACGAGAUCGUCCGGAUCGCGCCCAACCUGCCCAACUCGUACAACCUGCUCGGCAGCAUCUACAAGGAGAAUGGCGAGAUCGACAAGGCCGUCAACUUCGUGAUGCUGGCCGCCUACGUCUCGCCCAAGGACGUGUCGCUGUGGAAGAAGCUCAUCGACCUGGCUCUGAAGAAGGAAGACGCUGCUCUGGCAAGGCACUGUGUUAUCAAGGCAAUGAGGGCUGAUCCGGAGGAUGUGGGGCUCAAGUUUGAUUGCGCGAACAUAUAUCGCACCCUCGGUGACUGCCACAAGGCCGCGGAGAUAUACGAGCAGAUUGUCGGGAUUCAUCCCUCCAACACCGUCGCCCGUAGAGCGGCGGCGCAGAUGUACAGAGACUCUGGUCAAAUUGAUAAGGCUAUUGAUUUGUUGGAGGAUUUUAUCAAUGCUCAAACUUCAAACAUCGACUGGGGUCUUCUUGAUUUACUGAUAUCCCUUCGUCUGAGAAAUGAUGCCCAUGGUGAAGCUCUUAGGCAGAUCAAGAAGGCGCAACUGGUGUUGGGAUCCGGACACAAAUUACCAGUACGGUUGCAAGCAAAAGCAGUAAUCUGCCAUGCUUAUCUUGGAGAUCUGAAACAUGCUGAGGUGUUCCUUCAGAGUGUGCAUCUGGGGCGUUCAAAAGAGAAUGCUGAUAUGGUUAAGGAGGUCGCUAGCACUCUUCAAAGUUUGGGGCAGUAUGAGUAUGCACUAAAAUUUUACUCCAUGAUGGAAGACGUUGCUGUUCAUAAUGAUGGUGGCUCGUAUGUGGAAGCUGCUCGAUGCUACAUGGUCAUGGGGGACAAAGGAAAAGCUAUUCCUUACCUCUAUAAAGCUUUAGAAGGGAUGGAGGACAAUGUCGAUGUACGGAUAACCUUAUCUUCUCUUCUAGUCGAUGAGAAUAAGAGUGAUGAGGCUAUCAAACUGCUUUCUCCUCCUGAGAAUACAGAGUUGCAGUCCGCUGAUAUCCCAGAUCAUCAGAAACCUUGGUGGCUUGAUGGGGAAGUAAGAAUGCAGCUUGCCAAACUUUAUUACAACAAAGGAAUGAUGGAGAAAUUUGUGGAAACCAUUUUUCUUCCCAUUCUCGAGACACUGGAUAUCGAGUAUGCUAAUAGAAAGGUCAAGAUGAAUAGAAAGCUUACAAAUGAUGUUCUGCAGGAAAGAACUAAAGUGCUGGGGGAAGCACGUCAAGACAGCGUAUUUCAAGGAUGCAGGCCUAUAGCAUCGACUGCAGAGUUAGUCAAGGCAAACAGAGCAAGGAAAUUGCUAGAAAAAAGGGCAGCAGAGUCAAAUGAAGACACAAUAAGAGAUGAUACACGUAGAGCAAAGCAGAAACCUCCUCUUCCUGGUCUGCUGACAAAUGUGGAGAACCAUCAGCUUGUGUUAGAUCUCUGUCGAACGCUGGCUCUGCUUCAGCGAUACUUUGAGGCGCUGCAAAUUAUCAAUCAUGCUCUUAGACUUGGAAAUGAUCCCCUCUCUGAUGACAUCAAGGAGGAACUACGGUCCUUGGGCGCUGAAAUAGCAUACAGAGCUCCAGAUCCCAGCCCUGGCUUUGAUUAUGUCCGUUAUGUAGUUCACAAGCACCCGCAAUCCAUCUCCGCAUGGAACUCCUACUACAAGGUGACAUCAAGAACAGAAGAGAAAGGUCAUUUUAAGUUUCUUCUUCGGGCAAGAAGGGAUCCCAAGUGUGUGCCUCCUAAAAUCAUAUCUGGGCAUCGGUUUACUGCUAUCAGUCAACACCAGUCCGCUGUUCGGGAUUAUCUGGAGGCGUACAAGCUGGACCCGGAGAAUCCUCUAAUCAAUCUCUGCGUUGGUUCGUCCUUGAUCAACCUCUCCCUGGGCUUCAGGCUUCAGAACAAGAACCAGUGCAUCGUCCAGGCAUUCGCGUUCCUCUACAAGUGCCUGCGCAUCGGCAGCAACAGGCAGGAGGCCCUGUACAACAUCGCCCGGGCGUACCACCAUGUCGGCCUCAAAACCCUGGCGGUCAUCUACUACGAGAAGGUUUUAGCCAUGGAGGUGGAAGAUCACCCCAUACCCAAGCUUCCAUUCGAGGAGGAUUUACAGGAGCACCAGGAUUUCAGGCCUGGCUACUGCGAUCUCCGAAGAGAGGCUGCGUUCAAUCUGCAUCUGAUCUACAAGGAAAGCGGAGCAACUGAUCUGGCGAGGAGGAUCCUCAAGACCUACUGUUCUAUUUAG